GUUUGGCAACUAACGGCUAAAUUUAACCGCCGCGAAAUUGCCAUUUUAGCUUCGUGUGGGGUGCGGUUUACCGGCUUAUAAUUAUCUAUAUUUUAGUAAUAAUAAAGUUAUUAUCAUGUCUUCAAAAACAAGAAAAUCGACUGCGUCCACUCCUGUGCAGUCAGCUGGAGCCAGUACUUCCCAAUCUAAGAAAAAUACUCCUCUUAGCCCGGCCCGUGUUUCUCGUAUGGAAGAAAAAUUGCAGCUGCAAAAUUUGAACGAUCGUUUGGCUACUUACAUUGAUAAGGUACGAUUUUUAGAAAAUGAAAAUUCACGGCUUGGUGGUCAAGUCACUACGAUUCAAGAGAAAUACGAGAGGGAAAUAAAGACUACUAAAGAACAGUAUUUUUCGGAAAUCGGUGGGUUACGUACUGCACUUGAUGCAACCAGUAAGGAAAAAGCUCAAGCACUCAUUGAAUUGAAUAAUAUUCGAGCUAAUAUUGGUGAAUUACAGAAAAAGUUAACUAAGAAGGAAAGAGAUUUUGCAUCUGCUGAAAAGACUAUUAAUAGUUUGGAUCAUCAAAAUCAAGAUCUUCAAAAUAAAGUCAACCAUCUUCAGUCCGAUCAUAAAAAAUUGGAAGAGAACUUUAAGGUAAAUCAAUGCAUAAUCAAUAUCUUAAUUUUCUUAAAAAGUCUAAUUUAGUCUUAGCGAAUAAUG